UGAGGCGAGGAGGAUUUUAGGACCUGGCGGUGCGCGGCGGACUAGGGAAAAGGGUCGGGAAGGUCGGGAGCGCGCCCGUGAUUCCCGAGCAGUGGCGGCGUCGCCGGAGUCGGGAGCGAGCAGGUCUGCGAGCGGCUAGGGUGCUGGAAGAGGGGCCGGGGGCUCGCUUCUCUAGCCAUGGCACAAGUAGAGAAACGGGGAGGCCUGCUCCGGAAAUCUUCAGCCUCAAAGAAACCACUAAAAGAAAAAGUGGUACUGAUGUAUGAUGAGAUAUUCAUGACGGAGGACCCCAGUAAGUGUAGUCCUCGGUUCUGGGAGGAGCUCUUCCUCAUGAAGGUGAACUUAGAGUACCUGGAAGGCAAGCUGGAGUCUUUGGAUGGUGAGGAGUUAAUGAAGAUCAAGGACAAUAUUAAUUGUUUAUUUCAACACUGUAUCCAGGCUCUAGGAGAAGAGCAUCCGAUUCGAGUUGUCAAUGCAUUGCAGACCUUGUGUGCACUUAUUCGUGGCGUCCACCAGAAGAAUAAAUCUACAUCUGGAUUUGACAUUAUCAACAUGCUCAUGGGCUUCGACAAAGCGGAGCUGUGCAUGAAGAACUUGAUGGAGAGUUUGGAUUCAUUACUUUGUGCGGAAGGUUCUGAAAGCUUGAAGAGUUUAUGUCUGAAACUUCUUCUUUGCUUAGUGACCGUUACAGACAACAUCAGUCAGAACACUAUCCUGGAGUACGUAAUGAUCAACAGUAUAUUUGAAGCAAUUUUACAGAUAUUGUCCCAUCCCCCAAGUCGUAGAGAGCAUGGUUAUGAUGCUGUUGUCCUCUUGGCUUUGCUGGUAAACUACAGAAAAUAUGAGUCUGUGAAUCCUUACAUUGUGAAGCUGUCUAUUGUGGAUGAUGAGGCUACGCUGAAUGGCAUGGGGCUUGUAAUCACUCAGGCUUUAUCUGAGUACAACAGGCAGUAUAAAGACAAGGAAGAAGAACACCAGAGUGGUUUUUUUUCUGCUUUAACAAAUAUGGUGGGCAGCAUGUUCAUAGCAGACGCCCAUGAGAAAAUCUCGGUACAAACCAAUGAGGCCAUUCUUCUGGCACUUUAUGAAGCUGUCCAUUUAAAUCGAAACUUCAUCACAGUAUUGGCUCAGAGCCAUCCAGAAAUGGGGUUGGUGACAACUCCUGUCAGUCCUACUCCAACGACCCCAGUCACUCCACUUGGGACUACACCACCCUCUUCUGAUGCUAUAAGUUCUGUGGAACUCUCACUGGAUGCAGAUGUACAGACCAGUAAUCUACUGAUAACCUUCUUAAAGUAUAGCUCAAUUGUUAUGCAGGACACGAAAGAUGAACACAGACUUCACAGUGGCAAGCUCUGUUUGAUCAUUCUCACGUGUAUUGCAGAGGAUCAGUAUGCCAAUGCAUUUUUACAUGAUGACAACAUGAACUUCCGAGUAAACUUACAUAGAAUGCCCAUGAGACACAGAAAAAAGGCGGCUGACAAGAACCUUCCUUGCCGUCCCCUGGUGUGUGCAGUCCUGGACCUGAUGGUGGAGUUCAUCGUAACACACAUGAUGAAGGAAUUCCCUAUGGAUCUCUAUGUACGGUGUGUCCAGGUAGUGCACAAACUGCUGUGUUACCAGAAGAAAUGUCGAGUUCGCCUGCAUUACACCUGGCGGGAGCUCUGGUCAGCUUUGAUAAACUUGCUGAAGUUUCUUAUGUCAAAUGAAACUGUACUUUUGGCCAAACACAACAUUUUUACAUUGGCCCUUAUGAUUGUGAACCUGUUUAAUAUGUUUAUCACAUAUGGUGACACAUUCCUGCCAACUCCAAGCAGCUAUGAUGAGCUUUACUAUGAAAUUAUCCGCAUGCAUCAGAGCUUUGACAACCUCUACUCCAUGGUCCUUAGGCUUUCUACCAACGCAGGCCAGUGGAAGGAAGCAGCCAGCAAGGUGACACAUGCAUUGGUUAACAUCAGAGCCAUCAUCAAUCACUUUAAUCCCAAAAUUGAGUCCUACGCUGCUGUGAAUCACAUAUCUCAACUAUCAGAGGAACAGGUACUAGAGGUGGUACGAGCCAACUAUGACACCCUCACACUGAAGCUGCAAGAUGGCCUGGACCAGUAUGAGCGCUACUCGGAGCAACACAAGGAGGCUGCCUUCUUCAAAGAGCUGGUUCGGUCCAUUAGUACCAAUGUCCGGAGGAACCUGGCCUUCCACACACUUAGCCAGGAAGCCCUCCUGAAGGAGUUCUCCACCAUCUCCUGAGGCUGCACAUGCCUAAGAGCCACUGACUGCCUUACCCAUGAGGCUCCUGGGCUGGAGGGUGAGCACAAGGAGAGAGGACUUCCUUCAAGGUUGGAGAGAAGCAGACGUCGAGACUCUUGGUGAAGGCCAUGCUUCAGUGAGCUUGGACAGCAGGGGCAAUCCCAGGAUGCAUAUUUGGGAAGAAAUGGGUGGGCAACAGAAGAGGCAACUGAAAGUGUGGGCUUUCCAGGCUGCACUCCCUGGAUUCUGCCUCAUGACUCCAGUUGAGAUUCCAAGUUCUAGCUUCUGAUUGUUCACAUGCUGGUCAGGCAGGCCUCAGCUGAUGCCAGCACUCUGAAAGCCAAUGGCUGUUCUUGGCUGAUGCCACAUCCUGUUUCCUUUUGGACCCAGAGCUGAGCAAGGCCCCUGCCCUCACUGCAGUCUACCCAGUCCUUAGCACUUCAGCAUAGAGCAGCAAGGCAGGGAUUGGCACCUUUUUCUGUUUUCUGAGUUCAAAGUUGACACCUCUGGGAAUUGGAGAUUGGAUGUGCCUGGUGCUCUGCUGUUAGACCUCUCCUUUCUGGGUGUUCGUUUGGCACUAGGAGCACCUGUUCGCUUCCCCAUCCUUCCAACUGUUGACUCAUCAGCACAAUAGGCCCACAACUUUAGCCUUUCGUUUUUAGUCUGUUUUAAACUGUCUUAAAAGAGUGUGUGUGAAAUAAACAUUGACAGGUUUUCUGGAGCCCUCAAGGUGCCUACUUUGCUAGUUCCCUUUCCAGCAGCUCUCCCUCCCUACCCACCCCCUCCAAUGGGAGCCUAGAUGAGCUCCCCUCCACGAGUUCCACCCCCUCACCCUGCUGUUGUUUACAUUCAGCCUGCCUAAGAAUUUCCUCUGGAGGGAAUCUGUUCCUGCUGUGGUCUGGUGCUGGGAGUUAGAGAGCCUGCUGGGGUAAGGUGCUGAAACAGGCUAGGUGAGCAUCAGGCCUGAGGCCUCCAUCUUGUCUAGCCAUAGUCUAGUUGGGCCUUGGGCACACCCAACCUUCAUGAAAUUGGUCUGUUGAUUCUGUCUUUGGAUAUUCUCCAUGGAACCGCUGUAGGGCUUUCCUUUUCCCACAGCUUCUGAAACAGCUGCUGCUCUAAGGUCCCCCAGGAUGGCAGGGGCAAGCAGCACAGUGGGGACCGGAGGAGGUCAGAGAGUGGGUCUGGAGCUUCCUGAGCACCUGUCCAUUUAUCGUCUGUCUUGUUGGGAUACUUGACCCCCUGGAGGCCAGAAUUCUGAUUGAGCGGAAGUGACCUAGUUGUAGAGAGUUUGUCAACAGACUGACAUGCUUAGAUGUAAACUCUUAAGCUGUGUGGACUGGGUCAUCUCUGAUAACUGAUCACCAGAUGGGUAACUUAGCCUGAGGUUUUUAGUGUUUUCCAUGGUGAUAAACCCCAGAGCAGCUGGAGCUGGAGCUGGUGGCAAAUCAAAGCAAUUAAAAAUUGAUUUGUGUG